CGGUGAGCCGCUCUUUAUGAUUCUAUUUCAUACGAUUUGUAUUAGGUGGAUAAGUUUUCCGUGAAGCUCUUUACAGUGAGGCGUUACAGGCGCUUGACUUUAGAUUCGUGAGAGGACUAGUUUGUCUCCGGAUUCGGUGAACUACUUCUAUCAUUAAGUCUGGAGAUUUUCAUUUGGAGCUCUCUACUAGUGAACUAUCUGCAGUGAGUAUGAUUUACGCGAUCCUUCUCUCGUGUGCCAUCAUCUCCUCGUUCGCGACGAUUUCUCAGGCAUGCUCGAAGAAGACCAUCAUCUUCUACGGACAAAACGUACGCUACCCAGCAAACUCGUCCCAAACCUCCGGGCAGCAAACAGUGGGAGGAGGAUGCCUCGACCUCCCUCCUUACAACCCCGGCUACGCCUCGCUUCUCAGGCAAAAGCUCACGCUUGGGCCCGAGUAUAACUCCCCCCAAGUUGGAAUGGACUACGGCGGCUACGUUGCGAGCGGAGCCAGCGUCGCGUUUGGAACCGGCCAGUUUGUUCUCGACAACCAUCCUUUGUUCGUGGGGACUCUUGCCUACAAGAGGCGAAGGGACAUCUCGGAGAAAACCAUAGCUUUCUCCGUCCGGGUUUAUGGCAACGAGAGCUUCCAUGGAUUUGGAAAUGGUACCAGCGUCACUGUUGCUUCGUACUACUAUGGUCUCAACCUUGUCUUUAGAUUUGUGAUAGAUAUCUUUAGAAGCGAGUCGUGCAUCCUCUAAACAAAAAUGCUUUGUUACCUCUCAUUAUGAACUUGAAGAACUUACUUGGUGGAAA